AUGAAGGAGAAGGGCGAGCAAGCGCAGGACAAGGGGUCGGAGUAUUAUCAGUCUGCGAAGGAGAAAGCAACUGAUGCUCGUGACACGAUGAAAGACAAGCUCCAUCAGGCGAAAGAAACUUUAAAGGAAAAGGCUGCGGACGUUCAAGAAUCGCUCAAGGAGUCUGGGGACGCUGCUAAGGAAACGGGCAAGGAAUAUCGCGAGGACGAUCGCACCCAGUCAACCCAAGUCUCGAAGGACAAGGAGACAGCUCAGCGUGGAAGCUAUGCUUAA